CUGGCACCCUUCGGCGAGCGCUGUUUGUUUAGGGCUCGGAUGAGUCCAAUCAGGAGCGCAGGCUGCAGUUUUCCGGCAGAGCAGUAAGAGGCGCCUCCUCUCUCCUUUUUAUUCACCAGCAGUGCCGCGCAGACCCCGGACUCGCGCUCGCCUGCCGGCGCCCGCAGCCUCUCUCCGCGCUCGGGAGCACCCUCCGCCGCAGCCGUUCUCCAUGCGCAGCGCGCGCCCGAGCCUCAGGAGCUAGGAGUCAGCUUGGAGAGGCGCCGGACCGUGGAUGGCCUUGACUGACGGCGGCUGGUGCCUGCCGAAGCGCUUCGGGGCCGCCGCCGCGGACGCCGGCGACUCCGGAGCCUUUCCGGCGCGGGAGCGCUCCUCGCCGCCUUCCCCCAUCUCCUCGUCCUCCUCCUGCUGCUCCCGGGCUGGGGAGCGUGGCCCCGGCGGCGCCGGCAACUGCAGGACGCCGCAGCUCGACACGGAGGCGGCGGCGGGACCCCCGGCCCGCUCGCUGCUGCUCGGCCCGUACGCCUCGCAUCCCUUCGCGGCGCCCCACGGACCUUCGGCGCCCGGGGUCGCAGGCCCCGGGAGCGCCCUGUCGAGCUGGGAGGACCUCCUGCUCUUCACUGACCUCGACCAGGCCGCGACCGCCAGCAAGCUGCUGUGGUCCAGCCGCGGCGCCAAGCUGAGCCCCUUCGCGCCCGAGCAGCCCGAGGAGAUGUACCAGACCCUCGCCGCCCUGUCCAGCCAGGGGCCGGCCGCUUACGACGGCGCGCCCGGCGGCUUCGUGCACUCUGCAGCCGCCGCCGCCGCCGCCGCCGCCGCGGCCAGCUCCCCGGUCUACGUGCCCACCACGCGCGUGGGCUCCAUGCUGCCCGGCCUGCCGUACCUCCAGGGGGCCGGCGGCGGGCCCGCCAACCACGCGGGCGGCGCGGGCGCGCACCCCGGCUGGCCGCAAGCCUCGGCCGACAGCCCCCCGUACGGCAGCGGGGGCGGCGCGGCGGGCGGCGGGGCCGCGGGGCCCGGGAGCGCCGGCUCGGCCGCCGCGCACGUCUCGGCGCGCUUCCCCUACUCGCCCAGCCCGCCGGUGGCCAACGGCGCGGCGCGGGACCCCGGGGGCUACGCGGCGGCGGGGGGCGGGGGCGCGGGCGGCGUCGGCGGCGGCGGCGGCGGCAGCCUGGCGGCCAUGGGCGGCCGCGAGCACCAGUACAGCUCGCUGUCGGCCGCGCGGCCGCUGAACGGGACGUACCACCACCACCACCACCACCACCCGAACCCCUACUCGCCCUACGUGGGUGCACCGCUUACUCCCGCCUGGCCCGCGGGACCCUUCGAGACCCCGGUGCUGCACAGCCUGCAGAGCCGCGCCGGAGCCCCCCUCCCGGUGCCGCGGGGCCCCAGCGCAGACCUGCUGGAGGACCUGCCCGAGAGCCGAGAGUGCGUGAACUGCGGCUCCAUCCAGACGCCCCUGUGGCGGCGGGACGGCACCGGCCACUACUUGUGCAACGCCUGCGGCCUCUACAGCAAGAUGAACGGCCUCAGCCGGCCCCUCAUCAAGCCGCAGAAGCGCGUGCCUUCCUCCCGGCGGCUUGGAUUGUCUUGUGCCAACUGUCACACCACGACCACCACUUUGUGGCGCAGAAAUGCGGAGGGUGAACCUGUGUGCAAUGCUUGUGGACUCUACAUGAAACUCCAUGGGGUGCCUCGACCGCUUGCUAUGAAAAAAGAGGGAAUUCAAACCAGGAAAAGAAAACCUAAGAACAUAAAUAAGUCAAAGGCUUGCUCUGGUAGUAGCAAUAAUUCUGUUCCUAUGACUCCAACUUCCACCUCUUCUAACUCAGAUGACUGCAGCAAAAAUACUUCCCCUACAACACAACCAACAGCCUCAGGGGCGGGCGCCUCAGUGCUGUCCGGCGCAGGAGAGAGCGCUAACCCCGAGACCGGCGGCGGCGAGCUCAAGUACUCAGGUCAAGAUGGGUUGUACAUAGGCGUCAGCCUGGCCUCCCCGGCCGAAGUCCCAGCCUCGGUGAGACAGGAUUCCUGGUGCGCCCUCGCCCUGGCCUGAGCCCGCGCCGCCGGAGCGGGAGGGCACCUGGCCUGCGGGGGUUGUCCAGCCGUCCCAGCCAGGGCGAGUAUGCUGACAGUGCUGACGGAACAUUCCUCUGAUGCGUGACUUCCGUGCCUUUAUUUUGAAAGAGAUGUAUUUCCCAAGAGGCUUGCUCUGCCUUCCCUCCCUGCCCCUGUCUGAAGAGCCAGAGAGAAGACGGAGAGCUUCCAGAACGCAGGUGCGGCCCACCGCAUGUCGCCACCUCCCUGGCCACGGCACGGCCACUGCCAGCCAGCCUGCCUCUGGGUCUGCCGGGGACCUGAUGUCCGCUGUGCCACUUCCAGAAACCGGGACUAGGACCGGGGCCUUGCCUGCUAAGGAAUAUUGAGAGAGAUUUUUUUAAAAAAAGGUUUUAUGUGUAUUGCCCAAAAUCAUGUGCUUCUUCUGAUCGGUUUUGGUUGUUCCAGAAUUUCUUCGUACUUUUUCCACACCUGAAUUUCACAUGCUUUCAUGGAGAAGACCAUCUGAGGCCGUUUGGUACACACUUCUGGAGGCUGAGUCAAAAAUAUUACUCAGUUUGCAAGACUGCGUUAUAACUGUAACGUACACUGUGACUGACGUUUCUCAAAGUUCAUAUUGUGUGACUGACCUGAAGUCAGUCGGGAUUUGUAAACAGGGUAGCAAACAAGAUAUUUUUCUUCCAUGUAAACAAUAAUUUUUUUAAAAAGUGCAAUUUGCGUUGCAGCAAUCAGUGUUAAAUCAUUUGCAUAAGAUUUAACAACAUUUUUUAUAAUGAAUGUAAACAUUUUAACUUAAUGGUACUUAAAUAAUUUAAAAGAAAAAAUGUUAACUUAGACAUUCUUACGCUUCUUUGACAACUGCAUCCCAUUUCUAUAUUUCCAAUUGUAAAAGAAAAAUACUUCAAGAACAAAUCUUCUCUCAGGAAAAUUGCCUAUAUCCAUUUGUUAAGAAUUUUUAUACAAGAACACGAAUAUCCCCUCUUUAUUUUACUGUGGAAUAUGUGCUGGAAAAAUUGCAACAAAACUUUACUACCUAACAAAUAACAUUUGUAAAUAUUCUAGGCAUCUGUACACACUACGAUGAAGUCUAUAGUGUGACUAACCCACAGGCAGGUUGGUUUACAUUAAUUUUUUAAAGAUGGGAUGUCAUGGAAACCUAUUUCACCAAAGUUUUGAAAAUAAAAAGGGUAUUGUUUUGUC